GCAUUGUUGCAGAGCAUCAAAAUACUGGACAAUGAUUAGGGAUCUCCUAAGAAUGGAAAUGUGAAAAAGUGGAAAAUUUCGGUCGAGGCUAUAUUACGCUGGCUGCCUGACAUCAUAAAAAUAAACUAGACAUUUCGAAUAAUUCUGGGGUAAAUCUGAACAAACUAUAUAUAUAUUUGGAAUAGUUUCGGCAUAUUAUCCACUGUACUCUUAUCCUAAACAUCCUAAAAAGAGAGAAUAUCGAAUUGAAUAUUUAUUUUUCACUUUUAUUUAUUUUAGCUUAAAUAAAAUCUAUUGUGUUGAAAAGGGGAAAAUGGAUAGAAAAACACCCGAAAUCUCGUCACUUUCCCCCUCUUACCAUGAUGCCCAAUUCAACAUAUACUAUAGCAAAAUAUAUAAGGCUAGCAAACGGGGAAGGUUUCUUAUCAUUCUUGUCCGUUCUUUUGGAUCAGAUCGAGUCAAUCGGCUGUAUACUUUACGGGUGUGUGUUAUUUUGUGAUAAAUUUUACUUGUUAAAAAAUAUAAUUCACUGGGAACAGUUUUGUUUCGAUAAAAUUGUUUUUCGAUGUGUAUAAUAUAAUAGAUUAAUCUUACAUUUGCCACGUAAUCAUGCGUAAUGGAAGUAAUUCUGUGUAUACGCAUUGCCAUCAUAUAUUUGAAAUAAUCAUGUAUAUAUAAUACGAUAUCACGUAUAUAUAAUAUGAUAUUUUUGUCAGAUAUAAAUUUAACGGUUACGCGGCAAAUAAUAGGAGAGUGAAGAAUAAAACAAGAGAGGAAAAGGAUAGAACAAAUAGUACAAUAGGAUUCCCUCUUUCGAUUAUAUUUCGGGAUUGUGCGUCAUUUUUACAAAGCAAUAGAAUUUGUGGCGAGAAUAAAUAAGCAAGAGAAUAACCAGUGUGUGCUUUUUUAAAACUUAAUAACGAAAAGAACCAGCUUACGAAAGAAAUUAGGAUAUUUAAUAAAAAUUUAUAAUAUUACUUGUUUAUAUAUUACUAAACAAUAAUAUAUAGGCUCUCCUUUAAAAUAAGAUUUUCAAAUUCGAGUUCGUAUCGCAGUAUAGCAUAACGACCAUAUAGCAAGUAUAACGAUUAAGGAUGAAGGAUAAAUUUGAUCCAUGCAAUAAUAUAGUAAAAUCAGAAAAUGAUAACAGAUCAUAUAGAGGAAUGCUGUUGCCGAAUUAUAUGAAGGUGCUUUUAAUAAGCGAUCCGACAACUGAUAAGGCAGCGGUUGCGUUGGACGUUAAAAUCGGCUCCAUAUCUGAUCCGGAUAAUCUACCAGGAUUGACGCACUUGUUGCAACAUGCGUUAUAUUUAACGGAGAAAGUGCUUGAACAGAAAACUUUUAAAACAUACGUAUCGGAGAAUAACGGUGUAGUUAACGCUAAAAUGACAGAAGAUAACACCAAUUAUCACUUUGAUAUAGCCGUGUCUGAGUUCAAACAUGCUUUAACAUUGUUUGCUAAGUUUUUCAGAUCUUCGACCAACAAUGAACAAGUGAUCUCUGAACAAGCGAUCCGUGAAGAAUUAAAAUAUUUGAAUGUUGAUUACGAAAUGAAUAACGGAACGUAUAAAUAUGAUAAAUGGAUGUUGUAUCAAUUGUUUAAGUGGACCAUAGACCGCCAUCAUCCGAUUUCGAAAUACGGCACCACUUUUUUUGAUGAAUCGACAUCAUCAAGCACAUUAAACAGACUAACAACGAAUAUCGUAGAGAAGAUACAGAAUUUCUAUAACAUUCAUUAUUCCUCUCAUCUUAUGUCACUGUGCGUUCUUAGCAAAGAAAGCUUAGAUGAGCUUCAAGACUUGGUAGAAGAUCUCUUCAAUCCAAUAGAAUUAAAAAAUCCAUUACACUCAUAUCAAUUGCUAUCGCGUCAAUUUGCCCCUGUACCUAAAUGUGAGUCUGUGUACAAAAUAUGGGGUGCUCAUUGCAACACAGAUUACAAAAGAUUAUAUAUCAUAUUUCCUGUAGAUUAUUUGAUGCAUUUCCCUCUGAGUAUGCCUGUACGUUUUCUCAUCUAUUUGUUCGAAUGUGACGGCAAAGGAUCAUUCAUAUCAGUUUUAAAGGACAAGGAUUGGGGUAAUUCAAUCGAGGCUGGAACCCUCUACACUAGCCUACAGUACAGUUUUAUAAUUGUUGCUGUCGAUCUAACUGAUGAAGGUCUUGAGCAUAUCGAUGAUAUCAUGGCAUUGUUUUUUCAAUAUGUGAAAAUAUUGAAGGAAGGUGGCGGCGAAUUCAGGAGGAUAUAUAGUGAAUAUAAAGAAAUCAUGGAAUUGAAAUUUUGUUUUAAAGAGAAGGAGCCCCCUCUGAAAUACGUCAAACUGAUUUCCAAAAUGUUGCAGUCUAGACAGACUACAAAGAAUGCUCUGAUCCAAGAAUUCAUUCCUAUCAGAUACGAACAUUUUAUUGAAACUCUAAUGAACGAUUUCUUAUCGCCGCCACGUAUGAGGAUUUACAUAAUCGCCAAAAAGUAUCAAGAUUUUGCAGACGAGUAUGAACCUCGGUAUCACUUUACAUAUAGGAAAGAGAUGGUACCGAUGAAAACAUUGGCCAGUUGGAUGACUAAAACAUAUGCGAAAUUAAAUUUACCUGCCUGCAACGAAUUUAUACCGACAAUGACUAACAUAAAACCAUGUGAAGAUAAUGCAGAAGAAUUUCCUACGGUUAUAUGGGACACACAAUUAGUAAGAAUUUGGUAUAAGAAAGAUGAUGUAUUCAAAAUACCAAGGACUACCACGAUUUUUCAUUUCAUCUCUCCACUCGCUCAUGCAGAUGUUGUCAAUGCCAAUCUUACUCUUCUAUUUGUUCGGCUUAUUGACAAUUCUCUCAGGAAAUAUUUAUAUCAUGCCGCUUCAGUCGAUUUGCAAUGGGAGCUUUGCACUACUGUCUACGGAAUACUACUUAAAAUAAAUGGUUUUGACGACAAGCAAUACCUAUUAUUAGAAAAAAUUAUCGAUCGAAUGAUAAACUUUAAAUUAAAUCCAAAGAAUUUUUAUAUUAAUAUGAGAAACCAUGAACAGUUUUGUAAAAUGCAACUUGAGCAGUUCAAAAAUAAGGAGCCAUAUCAACAAGCACAACAAAUUCUUCCAUUAGAGAUAGAUAGACAUUUGUUAGCGAAAGACCAAAUAUUUGAAGCAACUGCACAUAUUACUUUUAAAAGAGUCCAACAGUUCAUAUCAAAGAUAUUCAAUUCGAUGUAUGUGGAGUGUUUAAUACAUGGUAACAUGACUAAGGCAGAAGCUUUAGAUAUAGCUCAUCUAAUUGAAAACAAGUUUCCAUAUACUAUUCCAUUGACGCUAACACAUCUAGAAAUGCAUCAUGAUAUCAACUAUCGUAGGACUCAUUCUUCACAUAGAAAAAAUGAGUCUCAUGAGAGCUCGUGUACACAGUUUUUUUACCAAAUUAAUGAGCGAUCCAUACAGUCUGAUGUGCUCUUAGAUCUCGUACAACAAAUAAUUAAUGAACCUUGUUAUGAUAUUUUAUACACUGAGAAAAAGUUGGGCUAUAUAGCGUGUACUGGAAUACACAGAGCAAAUAAAAUACAAGGUUUAAAAGUUCUAAUUCAAAGUUUAAACGUGCAAAUACAUCAAGAUAUUGAGAACCUAAUUAAUGAAUUCAUGAAGGUUUCUAUGAAGGACUACAUAAAUAAUAUGUCUAAAAAAAGUUUUCAACAGAACAAAACUUUAUUGGCUAAAUCAUAUCAUGAUAAAAAACCGAAAACGUUGAAUGAUCUAUCCAAUGUUUACUGGACUGAGAUUUGGAAUCAACAAUAUAAAUUCGAUCGAAUCAAUGCCAAAGUAAAUUAUUUAGAAAAAAUUAAAAUAAACGAUUUAUCUGUGUUUUUCGAGAAAAUUGUAAACACACCUUCUAAAGUAAUAAUAUAUGUGGAAUACCUUUAACCUCUGAAACAUGAGAGGUUUUAUAUACAAUCAAGAAGAAUAUUAAUGAUAAAUAAUUAUGCAAUUUAUAUUACUGAAAAGGUACUUUUUAUAUUAAAUGAUUUAAAUUAUAUAUAUCUAUAAUUAUACAUGUCUUCGAAAUUUGGCAAAUAAGAAAUUAGCGCUUAAUUGACAUGAGAAUAAUUUCUCUGUUUUUUAUUAAAUUUUGUAUUAUCAUUUUGUAUACUUAGUAUUUAAACAUUUUUUGUAGCGUAAUCAGAAAGAUAUUGCACAUUCUUAAAAUAAAAAAAAA